CUUCGAGGUUACUUGGAGAGGAUUUGAACAGGCGUCUCCCAGUUUCCACGGAUUCUGUUUUCUUACCUCCCUCACCUCCCGGAGUCGCGCGGGUUACAUCAAUGCCUCACAGCUGCCAUCGCACCGAAACCUGAUCGAUCGCCCGCCUGCCACCGAGGAAACCGCUCACUCCGGGGCAGAAUUGGUGAGCACCAGCUGCCUCGGCACCGGCUCCCAUCUCAUGAAUUCACCCGACCGUAGCGCUGCCUCCGGCGCAGUGCUCCCCAACGGCACCUCGACGACUGCGGCAGCCGAAGGAAAAGGGAAGAAUGGAGUGGUGGAUGCCGGAUUGAGGAACCAACACCAUUACAAGCGAGCACUUCCGAAAUGGCGGUACGACCUGCGCCAGGCUCUCCUGCCCAUCGUGCGGUGGGAGACACCCUAUCUAGCAUCUUUCCAGAGCAUGGUGCGCACGCCCGCCCUCGAUAGCUACUUCGCCAUCACGGCCAACCUCGGCACACAUACAUUCUUCAUGGUCGGGCUGCCAAUCCUCUUCUGGUUCGGCUUCCGGGAGUUCGCCAAGGGACUGGUCCACAUUCUCGCCUGCGGUGUCUUCUUCACCGGCUUUAUUAAAGACAUGUGCUCGCUCCCGCGCCCGUUAUCUCCACCCCUCCAACGAAUCACCAUGUCCGGCUCGGCCGCCCUCGAAUACGGCUUCCCGUCAACCCACUCCGCCAACGCCGUCUCGGUCGCCGUCUACGCCGUCCUGAUGCUCCACCGCGAAAGCAACCCCUUCUCCCCCUCGAUAACCCUCGCGCUCGAAGGGCUAGCCUACUUUUACGCCCUCUCCAUCAUUAUCGGCCGCUUGUACUGCGGCAUGCACGGAUUCGCCGACGUCAUCAUCGGCUCGCUCAUGGGCGCCGCCAUCUCGCUCGUCGAGUUCUACUACGCCCCGGGCCUCGAGGCCUGGCUCUACAACAGCCAAUACCUGGCACCACUCAUCAUCGCCCUGGUCAUCAUCGUUCUCGUGCGCGUACACCCAGAACCGGCGGACGACUGCCCCUGCUUCGACGACAGCGUGGCGUUCGCGGGCGUCAUGAUCGGCCUAGAACUCGGCAUGUGGCGGUUCGCGCGCUACUCGAGCAUCGCAGCCGUGUACAACGGCCCCGACGCAACCUUCGACCUAGCCGCGCUCGGCUGGCAGCGGGCGGUAGCCCGCCUGGUCUUCGGCGUGGGCAUGGUCUUCGCCUGGCGCGAGGUGAUGAAACCCACCCUGUUACGCUUCCUCCCCCACCUCUACCGCGUCAUCGAGACGCGCGGCCUCUCGCUGCCGCGCCGCUUCUUCGUGCCCGCCUCCGAGUACAAGGACGUGCCGCUGCACGUCCGCGACGACAACGUCCUGCCCAGCGUCAGCGACCUGCCGAAACUCGUCCGCAGCUUCCGCGGCCCCGGCCGCGGCCGCUCCGUCAGCAUCGGGCCCCAGAGCGCCGCCGACGCGUACGAGACGCUGGCGUACCGCGAGCGCCGCCGCAGGGAGAGCCUCGGGAGCGAUGCCGGCGCUGCCGCUGGUGGUGCUGGUGGUGCUGCUGCUGGUGGUGGUGGUGGUGGUGUGUUGAAGGGGCGGGAGAGCGCCAACGGCCUGCGGGAGAAGGCGGUCGCGGAUGGGGAGUGCUCGCAGGCGUCGGGCGUGCAGAGCGGCGGCGGCGGGAGGUUGGCUGAGUUUGAGCGCAUGAUGGGGACGGGGAAGGUGGUGGCGGCGGCGAGUCCGUCGCCUGACAGGGCGGAUGGUGAGGCUGGUGGGGUCAAUCUGUACCUGGGGCAGCAGGAUGAGUUGGGCGAGAAGGAGGUCUUCUCCAAGCUAAUAAAGCCUAGGGUGAGGUAUGAUGUCGAGGUGGUGACCAAGUUGGUCGUUUAUGCCGGCAUUGCGUGGUUGGCAGUGGACGGCGGCCUUCUUGCUUUUGAGGCGGUUGGCUUAGGCGCGUAG